GGGUAAAUGUUUACAUUACGUGAUAACGCUUAUCAGAGGUUAUUGUGUGAGUGUUUGACAAGAUUUGCGAUUAUUGUGAUAGGGUUUAUGAUAUUUUGUCGCGUCACGGCUUAUCAGUUGCGAUAAGAGUGAGUUGAGACCCGUGCAAAAUUGAAUUUGGCGCUUGUUUAUUGCCAACAUGUAUGAUGACGUCAAGUUAGCCAACAUGUAUGAUGACGUCACGGUAAAGGGUAGUUCACACCUGUCAACAAAAAGGCGACAAUUUCAAAAUGUUACUAAUGAAUUCUCAACAAUAAACUAUGUUCUCGUUUACUGCUGGUAAUUUUGCACAAGUAAUUAUUCGAAAUAAAACUAGUGACACGUAAAGUAAACGUGUGAAGCCGCCUUUAGUUGUCGCCAACCUGCAGUAGCAAAAUUACUAAAGUCGCGGUCAAUUCAUAGUGACCACUUUCCUAUGUAAAUUUGUAAAAAUUGAGUUGUGUAAAUCCGACGUUAAACAUCCAAUUGUUUUUUUACUUUCAUAGCUAUCAAAAAUGGCAAUUCUAAAAAAGUCGGGUACUUCACAUACAUGUUUGUCAACAAAAAAUUACCAUCUAGGAUUUGAACUUUUAGGAAAAUUAAGUUUUUUAUGUUGUUUGUAACUAGAAUUUUCAGAAGUAAUUUUGAAUGUCUAUGGUUGGUAACACCGUGUUGCUGACGGUUGACGUUUUCUGUCAACCUACUGCUGUCAACUAUCAAUUAAAUUAUCCAUUCAAGUUGACAGGUGACUUAACCUAAUUUUUGACACUAGUUACGAUAUCUUUUUAUCUUUUGUUUGUCACCAGAAACCAACCUAACCAAAUUUAUGGCAACCUAUUCACGAAUAUCCCUAAAUUCUAGGGAGUAAUUUCUUGUUGAUACGACAAUAUAAAAUCUAUUGCGCCUGUCACAAUUAUUGACAUUUCUGCGACCAACUUUGACACAACCCACAUAAUAGAAGUGGCGUGCUAAGUGCUGCCAACUUUGAGAUAAAUUAAAUGGCCACUAUGAAUCCACCGCGAAGUUUUAUUCCAAUUUUCUGUAAUGUUAACGCAUUAAUAAUAAUAAUUAUACGUCAUUAAAGUAAGGUUGGUAUUAAUGAAUUCAAGAUUUUUUCAUCUUCGCCACUGAAAAUUCAGAAAAGUUGUUGAAAGUAAUUUCAUUGUUACCAAAAUUUGAAACAAAAAAUACACUAGUUUUUUAACGUACCCAAACAAGUUCGUUAAUAGCCUUGUUAAAAGCGUAAAACAGAAGAAAAAAAUCUUUCAGAUUAAAUAAAUUAGUAAUUGGGUUAUCGGAAUUUAUUCUGAUAACAGAUUGUACUAAUGGGUCCAAUAAAAGACGAUUUCAUCAAUUUUUUCGAAGUAGUCGUUGAAAGGGAUCAUUUUAAGGUGGCAAUCAUGCAAAAAUUCAAACAAUCCUAACCUCAAAUUUCCCUAACAAUUAUUUUUUCAAAUAAAUGUGUCCCCAGGUAGCAAAAAAUAAUUAAAAUUAACAACGUAAUUAACAAAGGGUGGCUAACAACAAGUUUUUUGUCGUUAUUAAUGUACUUAAAUUUGUUCUGAAUUUUUUAUGUAAAUCAGGCUUUAAGUUACAGAUUCAUUUAGACUACUUACUACAACCUAUUUGAUGCACAUUAAUAUGAAAAAGAGUAUAUUUGUGUUUUUUGUGACAUUUAUAACAAAAAUAAACAUUUGCUUUGCUAAUAUUUAUUUUUAGAAAAAUAAUAAUGAUUCAUCCUGUCUGAGCAUUCACACAGCGAAUGUUUAUUAUUUAAUUUUAUAAUUUUCUGCUAUUUAUUAAGUAAUUGCAUUUUGUGCAUUUUGACCUUAAUUCGCCAUUAUUCUCGCUUAUUGUUCAUUGUAUUGCUCCUUAUCAGUGUGAUAUCCGCGAUAUAAAAAAAUUGUUUGUUGCCCAGUUAAAAAAAUCAAUUAUCUCGCGGAUAACCCAAUUAUCACUCUUAUUGAAAAUGCUACUGAGUUGAGUCACGAUGCGAAAACUCGUCCUGAAGCCAGGUCAUCCUGAAAAACUUCAUAUUCAACUCCUCCACUUCAAACAGAAGUACAAUUGGGACUGUGGCAUUUCGUGCGUGUUGAUGGUCCUCCCAAGGAGGCAGCGUCACCACUUGUUGAAGAAUUUCACCAAAAUUUGUCAAGAAGAAGGAGUGUAUGGGAGCACGUGGACUAUUGAUUUGUGUUAUUUGUUGAAACGGUAUCAAGUUGGUCAUGUUUUCUAUACAGUCACUUUGGGGGUACAUCCAGGAUACAGGGGUAACAGCUUCUACCACAAUAUUUUAACUAAGGACGAAGCUCGGGUCAACCAGAGGUUCGAAACGGCGAAAACUAGUGGUGUUUUGGUCGAAAGAGCAUCAGUUUCGAUGCAAACCCUUUUGGAUCAUUUAAUCAACGGUCCUGUGAUUGUCUUAACGAAUGCGAGACUUCUAAAUUGUGAUGUUUGCAAGUUGAAUAAGAUUUCGACCGAGUUGAGGAAGUGUAUACCGUGGCCUAUACCUUACCAAGGUCACUAUAUCGUAUUAUGUGGGUAUGAAUUGGCCUCGAAGAAAGUCUACUAUCGAAAUCCGUCGUUUGGUGAUAGAGUGUGUGUCAUGUCGGUGGAUGUUUUGGAAGAAGCAAGGAAGAGUUACGGGACUGAUGAGGAUGUGAUUCUUGUGUAUAAAUGAUUUUCUAAUAUAUUUUUACGUUUUUU